AGCUAGUAACACUACUCUGUUGCGCGAACGGGCAAUGUGUGGCGGCGCAAAUGGGUCGCCUAAAUUGAUUGUACGUAAAUUUUAUCUUGUUGUUUCUCCCAUUUUGUCGUUGCACCGUUUGGCGCUUUUUUGGUUAGCUUGUUUUCCUCGGUUAGUUUGACUUCCUCGGUUAGCUUCGUUUCCCCGCACUGCCUCGAAAAGGAAGUGCCCAACACAAUGAAGGCAUCCUUCCGCGCGGCCUGCGCGCUGCUUCUCCCCCUUUUGUGUAACGGAGCCCUCGGGCAACUUGUGUCCGACAGCAGGAUAUUCCUGAAGAACAAAGACGCGUACUGCCUAUAUGCCGAAAACGUUAUUGAAAAUAACAAAUUUGAAGUGGCUGCGGAUGACUGCGACAAGUUGGCACACGGAAAUGAGAGCCAAAUCACCUGGCUGUCCUCCACGAACGGAAGACUUAGAACGCAAAAUGGACUGUGCCUAAAAACGUACAAAAACUUCUUAACCGUUUCGACUUGCUCCCCCGAUUUGAACGACAAGUCGGAAAUGUGGAAAAUCGAUUCGGAAAAAAGACUCCGAAAUGAAAAUAACAGUUGCGCUCAGCUAGCUGGGAACAAAUUAUUUGCCUUCACUUGCAAUGACCUAUCCACAAGGGAAUUCGAAAUUAAGCUCUUUUCCGAGGACGAACUGAAUUUUAUGAAGGCAAAAUAUGCACACAAAAAGCUACAAAAUGUGAAUGAACAAAGUUUGCAAAAUUUUCAUGCAAAGUCGGAAGUACUCAUUAAGAGCUACACCGAAGCAGAAGGAAAAAUUAAUAAAUUUUUAAACACAGAAAAGGAAAUGAUUAAGGAAAAGGAUAAAAUUGCAAACUUAAUGAGUGACAUUAAAUCUCUCAUAAACACGUCUUCUUCUUUGGCGAAUUAUGGAACGGGUGCCCUCAUGAAAAUAUACGACAGCAUUGACAUAAGGAAAAGGAACAAUUUGUUGAGAGUUCCCCUCGAAAGUUUAGAAGUAAAUGAAGAAAAAUUAAACGAAUUGGGAAUUGAAAGUGGACAAGUCAAAAUUGUCAUUCAAAGUUUUCUUAACCCUCCAGGUGAUGGGAACUACACAUUUGUUGCGAAAAAUGUGGUAGGUAAGCUCACUGUUAAGGUAGACAGUAAGGAAAUUAUUUCAAACGCAGACAUGGCAAAUGAAACAACUGUAAGUAGCUCUCUUGUUCAUUUAAACAGAAAUAAACUCGUGCCUAUAUACAUCGAGGUGUCAUCUGCUGGGGUAGGAACCAACCCACCCAUGCCAUCCUUCUCAUUAUUCUGGUCCAGCAAGAACACACCCGAGCAAGUCAUAAAUUCGCUAUACUUGUACACCACUGUGUAUGAAAAGGUUUGCUACGCCCCGUUUCAGAAAAAGAUAGACUGCGCCACAACCUUCGAGAGAGUGCCUAGGGAGAAUAGGGAGUCCCAUUUUUUGUGCCCCUCCGAGUGUGCGGCGGAAGGGGCCUACCCUAAUGCGGCUUCUCCCAAUUUUGAGGCAAGCCCCCCCACCUGCUACGCGCUAACCGCCCGCAUGUGCGCCUCCGCAGUCGAGGCAAACUUGCUGCCACCCCAACGCGGCGGCAUCAUAAAGGUAACGAUAAAAGAGCGAACAAACGAAAAUGGCACUCCCGAACCGUGUGCCCUAAUUCUACCAACGAACAUGGAAGACAAUACGUUUAGAGGAAUCACAGACAUCAAGCUGGUAGACAUGGACGAUUUUUUCCUGAACUAUGAAGCGAACAGAAAUUUGUAUGAAGGGUACACAGGAGUUGUGACGGAUGAUAAACAUUCCCUACUGACGAAAACGGAUUUGUCUAAGAGAUACAUCUCAGAUAUUGAAAUAAAUUGUGACAGAAAUUUACGAGACAAUUAUGAAUUCAGUUCUGGGUCCUUCAUCGUAAAACGGGUCCAGCGACCCGAUUUAACAAAAAGGGAAGAAGAAAGCAUAGUGGUAGAUGCAUUUGCAGUGUUUGAAAAAUACACAAGUGGGGAUGGCACUCCUAUUUACCUACCCGGGUGGACAAGAAAAACGUGUAACAAUAUUCAACUCUACGUAAAGUAUAGACAACCGAACGAUAUGAUGAACUACCCAUCUUUGCUACUAACCUGCGAUGAUACAUUUGAAGAAAUCCAUUUUGCUAACGAAAAUGUGGUAGUUGCACGGUGUCUGCCCUACUGUCUGCACAAUGAAAGGCCAGUUCUAGGAUCCUACAUCUACGGACCGCAGUCAGCUGUAUGCAAAUCUGCCAUUCACUCUGGAGUUAUAACAAAUAAAGCAGGGGGACUCAUACAAAUAAGAAAACUGAAAAAUAUUACCCAGUCGUUUACUAGCACCAUGACAAUAACAAGAAAUGGCGUCGUAGCUACCAUCACUGAUCAUAAUAAUAAAGAUUCCUACUACUUAACGAAACCUAAUGGGUCCCUUUGUAACUUCCCCAGAACAUCUCAAAACAUUAACGAGUCUCUAAAUUCGGACUCCACUGAAGAUGCUCUCUUCUCCUUCAUCCAGACGAAGUCCUACCUGAUGGAUGUCCCCCCAGUUGCCCUAGUUCACCGGAAGCACGCCGUUUUGAAGGACCAACUGGUUAACAUGCACAAUUUGUACAGCACGGAAAGUUACAGGAGGGGAUUACUAGGUGGUGGAAGCGGACCUGCGGGGGAAAGUCAGUCCGUUCCACGCGGCGACCAUGUCGCUCAUUCAUCAGAUGUAAAGGUAGAGCAAAACCCGCAACUGAUGGACUCUUUCACCUCAUUCCAGCAAAGCUACGACGCGGAAAAGGGACACCUGCACAAAUUGGCAAAAAAACAAAAAGGCAUCUUCUCCAACUUAAUAAUGAAAAAUAAACAGAUAAACAAUUUGAAUAAAAUCUUGUCCAAGUUAAGAAGCGAACAAAAUAAUUACGAGACCUUCAUCAGGGAGAACCAAUCAUCCGUGGUGUCCCUCAUAAAACAAUUUGCGCUAAUCACAAAUGGAAAAAAAAUGAUCAUAGAAAAAUUGGAAAAGGCUCUAGCAGACGUCAAACCGAUAACCGUACAGACAUUUGAAGAAAAAUACAACUCAACAAAUAUAAAUGACAACUACGUCAUCAUCGAUGGUAGGAGUGUAAGCGGGCCAUCAAACUGGGCUGUGGAAAGAUUCACGAAUGGAAACCUCUUUGCGGCUAUCACCAAUGAUAGGCUCAUAAAAUCAGGAGAAGAGCUAUACGCUUCCUACAUCCUCCAGAGACACACUAAGCUGUACAAAGGCUUCAUCUCCUGCGAUGUUAAAAUACCAUAUGAAGGAAACAUAGGAAUUGUCAUCAAAUACAGAGACCAUAAUAAUUACUCCAAUUUUGUGAUAAACAAAAAGGAGUUUUACUUUGUCGAAAUGACAGAUGGGGAAAGGAGUCCGCCAAUUAGUAAAAGGCAAAUGAAAAGUUUGCCCUUCCAGCUAGGGGCAUGGGCAACACUCUUUAUCGAGUUUGGCUAUAAAAAUGUUAGGGCAUACAUAAACGGGAAAUACGUAAACGGAUUUGAAACAAAAAAUGAUUCAUAUGGACACGUAGGAGUGGGAAUGAACAACUGUAAGGAAAAAAUAUUCUUCGAUAAAAUUGUGAUCGGUUCUCUCGAUCAAGCCAAAUACUACAACGGGGCAAGGAAGUCAGUUGCCAUUCCUUCCACGAACGAUAUGGAUGAUUUCCACAAAGGGGAGAAAACAAACCAUUCAAAUGAAAAACCAGUCAGCGAAGAAGCUACACAUAUAGCUAGCCAAAUCGCGUGCAAACCAUUCACAGAAAGGUGCAACCUCCCAUUAGACACGAACUGGAUGGUUCCUCUAAACACCUUUUGGAGCAUUCACAAAAAUUUCGCUUUGAACUCAAUUUGGGCAGAUCCCAAAAGGGAGGAAGAACAAACGCAAAGUGUUCACCCGGGGGGAAAUAACCAAAUUGGAAAAGUCGACACAGACGAGUGCUACCUUCACUCCGCGCAGAAACGGAAAGAAGAAGGAGAUCUGCUCAUCCCAUCAAUCAUCCUCUUAAAGCGUCACAACGUAUGUACCAACAUGAAAUCGUUUUCGCUCGAAAUGUCCAUUAGCUUAAAACCUUUCACAAAAUCUGGGGUCAUUUUCAGAGUCCUAUCAUCUGAUGAUUUCUUAUCUGUCAUACUGGACACCACGGAAGUGGAUGGAAAAUUGUAUCUCCUCAAAAUUACUAACGGAAUUCCAUACCAGCUAAAUGCACCAACGCAUAUGCCAAUAACCCCCGAAGAGUGGCACCAUUUGACGGUGUCCUACGACGGGGAAGGCGUAAAUGUCACGCUGAACGACGAACUGGUGGUCAAUUCGAAGCUUAACGAACGCAGCACCGAGUUGGGAAGUGUCGGGUUGAUAAUCCUAACCGGGGAGUCCAAGUUUAAGGGCAUCUCCUUCGUUCCACAGUAAUUCACGGUAGGCAGUGCACGGACGGGGGUAGGCGGCUUAUCCGGGAAAACAAGCCAAGGGUUGGGUUGCCAAGCGUUGCCAACAGUAGGAACGCCGCACUCCGCACAUACAUCCCUUCCGCGCACACGGGGGAACGUGGAAAAGUCCCGCUCCCCGCGACUAGCCAUAUUCGGCACACAAAGUGGCCGUCCCUGGCAUUAAUCAAUUUUAAGAAAUAUACACAACAAAAUUGUUCACGCAUAAAGGGGUUCCGCAGUGCGCACUCGAUUCGUUAAUUUGUUCGUUUGUUCGCGUAUUCCUUUGUUUAUUUGUCCCAUUUGUCAAAUCCGGGAUGGUGUCAAUUUUUUUUCCCAGUCGUGCCCAUUUACUUGCAUACUCUUUCGUCAAGAAAAUGCAAAAUACGGCUGACCGCAUCAACCGAACCAAAACGCAGUUCCGCCCAUGCGCUUAAAAAUUGUUUGUUCC